GAUGCCGAUGGCCCGCAAUUGCGUCGUCUUCCAUGUGCUUAUCCCUCUCAGACAUCCACCUUCCUUUCAGACUCCAUUUUUCGACCGCAAAGUUCACAGCGAACGAGAGUGGGAGAGCAUCGACGAUGGCAUUUUCGAUCAUGGCGGCAUCCUCUCUCAGAAUGAAUUUUGGAACAAAGGCUUCAAUUCGAUGCUCUUCAUCUUCUUCUUCUUCAGCGGUUUCUUCUCAAGCUAAAUCGAUUCACUUUGAUUUGAAAACAUACUGGAAAAAGCUGAUUCUCGAGAUCAACCAGAAGCUGGAUGAAGCUGUUCCCAUUCAGUACCCCGACCAGAUCUACGAGGCUAUGCGUUACUCGGUUUUGGCUGAAGGAGCAAAGCGAGCUCCUCCGGUUAUGUGCGUCGCCGCCUGCGAGCUUUUCGGCGUCGACCGCCUUGCUGCAUUCCCUACCGCCUGUGCUCUCGAAAUGGUUCAUGCAGCUUCAUUGAUCCAUGAUGACCUUCCUUGCAUGGAUGACGAUCCCUCGCGUCGCGGCCAACCUUCAAACCAUACAGUUUAUGGUGUUGACAUGGCAAUUCUCGCUGGUGAUGCACUUUUUCCCCUUGGCUUUCAACACAUUGUCUCACACACACCAUUCGACCUCGUUCCCGAGUCCCGCUUGCUCCGUGUGGUUGCCGAGAUUGCCAAAGCCGUUGGUUCCAGAGGCAUGGCAGCUGGACAGUUUCUUGACCUUGAGGGAGGCCCCAACUCCAUAGAAUUCGUCCAAGAAAAGAAAUUUGGUGAAAUGAGCCAAUGCUCCGCUGUGUGCGGAGGACUUCUAGCUGGAGCAGAAGACCAUGAGGUACAGAGAUUGAGAAGGUACGGAAGAGCGGUCGGCGUGUUGUAUCAGGUAGUAGACGAUAUUCGGAAAGAACAAGCAAAGAAACUCGAUCAAACCGAUGAGAGUAAGAAGAGAAAAGGGAAGAGCUAUGUUCGAGUAUAUGGGAUUGAGAAGGCUAAGGAGGUGGCAGAGGAGCUGAGGACCAAAGCAAAGAAGGAAUUGGAAGGAUUUGAGAAGUAUGGAGACCGAGUGAUGCCUUUGUACAGCUUUGUGGAUUAUGCUGCUGAUAGGAGUUUCAGUUUAGAAAGUUCAACUUGGUGAGAAGAGGGCUGGGAUCCCCUCCAUCCUAAAACUAAGAGAGUUUAGAAGUCCCUUGAUAUAUAUAAACUAGAAAGUCCUUUUCUUUGGGAAAUAUUAAGUCAACACGAACAGGACAGGAUGAUGUCGAAGAAAUCACGGAAUCCCGACCCAAGAGCUGGAGAAAAGUUCUCAGUAGAUCGAGUUAGAGUGGUAAGUUUUAUCGAUACGUUGAUAUUUUCAUGAUAGUAGAGGUAUCAACCAAAUAAAUAUGAAUACCAAAAAUGAAGUAUGAAGAGUUUUUAACACCAUUGCCUUGAUGUA